AUGAGAAGAUUUAUUGCAAAUAAUGAGUCAAGAGUCCAUACAUUGAACUAUCACAACCAUAGAAAUCCGUUUCUGAUUAUGGAACUCAAGGCUUUAAAAAUACAACAUUUGACGAUCAGUGAUACAUACGUGACAUACUUCUUCAUAAAAAUACUAUUGAUAGUAUGGGCUUGUGAAACGGGUAAAGCUCAAGCUCAACAAAUCAGCAUUUCCAUUCAUGAUGUAUUUAACGUUACCACCGAUAAGAAAAUCAAAGAUGAGUUACAAAUAUUUUCUUUACAAGUACUUCAUUGCGAUAAUAUAUUUUCUGCAAAAUGUUUUACUAUAGACGCGAAGCUUCUUACUGCGGUAGUAGGUAGCGUCAGCAUGUACCUAAUAAUAUUAUUUCAAUUCAAGAAUAUAUCAAAUUCUUGUAUGGAAAAGACGGCAAACACCUGUUUCAAGGAUAUUAAUAACAGUCUUCAACAAAUGCAAGAACUCAUAGUAAAUAGUGGACUAUGUGUUCCUAUGUUUUAUUACAAACUAAGGAAUCCAUUUUUGAUAAUGAAGCUUAAGAUUCUCGAGAAACAACAUAUGAUGAUCAGCAAUACAGUACAGAUGCUAAAUACGAUCUUCAGUGCGCAACUACUUACUUCGAUGAUUAUAACUUUUUGUGAAAUCAGUCUAAAUCUAUAUAUCUAUCUAGUCAAAUGGCAUAAUGGGUUGGUCAUCAAUUUGAAUGGACAAAUUGAUGAGUUGAUCCUAUUAGCUAUGAUUUAUUACAUACUGAAAUUGGCAUUAAUUGUGUGGGCGUGCGAGACUUGCAAGAAUCAAGCUCAAGAGAUUCGCACUACAAUUCACGACGUUCUUAACAGCACCAAAGAUAAACAUAUCAAAGAUGAGCUGCAGUCCUUUUCCAUGCAAAUGUUACAUUGCAAAAAUAUAUUUUCCACCAAAAGUCUCAAUAUAGACGCAACAUUUCUCGCUACAAUGAUGGGUACCAUUACCACAUAUACGUUAAUUUUCCUACAAUUCUUGAUUAUAUCUCAUUCUUGCGAUGAAAAUUCUACAAUCAAUAUUACAUGA